AUGGCCGUCUCUGAGGCUCGCUCGGAUAGAGGACAUGAGUUUCUCGCAAUUGCUUUGCCCCUCCCUCACGGUUUCUCGAAGCCCUAUCUAGACUUCCAAAUGAGGACGUUGAGACCAUCUGGCAAAAUCCACAGUUUCCUCAAUGGUCUGUUUACUGCCGGCUAUUAUGACAAGGAAACCAAGACCCAGGUUCCUGCGACUAUUGCCGUGCCAAAUUAUCCCGGCAUUGAGGUCAAUUUGUACCACCGCCCUGAUGAUACAACAGCGCGUACCGAGUGCAAUGCGAUCACCAACAUCAAUGCUCGCGCUGAAGCAGUUAAUGAGACUGUUGUUGGUGGCUUCUGGAAGUUUCCUGGCCUCACUCGUGCUUACCUUGAAGGAAAAUUUGAUGGUGAGGUUCAAACUCUAGUGGAAAGCCUCAAGGAGACUCCAUAUGGUUAUGCGUUUGUCACUGGUGGUCCUGGCUCAGGAAAGACUACCACUGCCAUGAAGCUCGUAACUGCUAUCGUUUCUGGCGAUGUUGGCGAGACUCGGCAGCAUGAACCCAAGCUCACUGUUGCUAUUGAGUCUGAUCCCGUUACCUCCAACAAGCCUGAGUCUGUUACCUCCGAUAAGCCUGAGUCUGUUACCUCCGAUAAGCCUGAGUCCACUGGCUGGUUGGUAGUCGAUGAUGACGACACGUGCUCAGAAGCUUCCUUCUGUUCAGCUGUCCCUCACCUGGCUGUUGGUCCUGGUGCUGAUAAACUUGAACAAGAGCACAUCACCUAG